ACGUGAAGUAAUGGUUCAGUGAGAUUCUUUGAGUGAGCUAGUUCCUGUUAGUAAUCUGUGACAGUAAGCUCGCCUCUCUCCUUUCUCCUCCAUCCAUAUUUUCUCCAUCUCGUUCUUCUUCUAACCUAUCGCCAUUGCACCAUCUACACCCUCCCUCACCACACACGCACAGCCCCAGCCCCCCUCUCGUUUUUUCUGCCCUUGUUUCUCUGAGCGAUAGUCUCAAGGGGAGCAGGCGCAGUGCUCCGAGGGAGAGAGAGGAGAGGAUGGAGGAGAGAAGAUGGCAAUGACAGUUUUGUAGGGCAAGCGUUUGCCAAGAGGUGGAGAACGAAAGUGAACAAAAGAAAGACAAACGUGAGGAUACAAGCAAAAAAAACGAAAGUGAGAGCUAAGAAGUGAAAGGAAAGGAGUUACGGGGGGGGAAAGAAAGAGCAACUGCAGCAGCGAGAGGUUGACGUGUCACCAUGACAACAGAGGUGGGCUCUGAGACAGAGGUGAAGGAGAAAGCCGAGGAGUCAGCCGCUCAGCCCGACCAGUCAGAGAAGGCCGCGGAAGAAAACGCGGAAGUAGCGAACGCCGAGGGAGAGGAGAAGGAUAAAGAGAAGGAGAAGGACGGGAAAGAGGGAAAAGGAAUCGCUCGAUACCUGCCAACAUGGCUUAAGAAGCAGAAGUCUCAGAGUCAGACUUCGCCAACCAAGGAGGUUCCGCCCACAGAGGAAGCCGUUAACAAGGUGACACAGGAAGAAGAGGGUCCUGCCCCAGAAGUGAACGGUCACGCAGAGGAAGUGGACGAGAAGGAGGCCGUGAAGUCGGAACAAGUGAAGGAAAAAGAGGCAGAGUCUCAUUCCAACGCCAGCGCAGACACCGAGCCUGCCAAGGAAGAGAAGGUCGAGGAGAGCGCCGAGAAGAGUACCGAAGAGGCCAAGGUGACAACAGAGGGGGAAGGAGAAGAGGAGCAGAAGGAGCAGAGAGGCAAAGAAGAAGAAGAAGAAGGAGUAGGAGGAGGAGGAGAAGGCCAGACCUCCAUUUUCCAGUCUCCUCUCCGCCUGGUGAGGAAGACCAAGAUGAAGCUGGUGGUGUGUCACGUGAACCUCCUGGACGGGACGGACUUCACCUGUGAGGUGGAGAAACGUGCUAAGGGCCAGUACUUAUUCUUUAAGGUGUGUGAGCAUCUAAAUCUACUGGAAAAAGACUACUUUGGGCUGACAUACACAGACACCCAUGAACAGAAGUGUUGGUUGGAUCCCACAAAGGAAAUCAAGAGACAGAUACGCAGUAACAACUGGCAGUUUGCAUUCAAUGUCAAGUUCUACCCUCCCGAUCCCUCACUGCUCACUGAAGACAUUACCCGGUACCUGUUGUGUCUGCAGCUCCGUGAAGAUGUGGCUUCGGGUCGACUGCCUUGCUCAUUUGUCACUCACGCUCUGCUGGGGUCAUACACACUGCAGGCAGAGUUUGGCGACUAUGAACCCGACCAGCCUCGGCCUUUGGACUACAUCAGUCAGAGGACCUUUGCGCCCAAUCAGAACAAAGAGAUGGAGGAGAAGAUUCUUGAACUCCACAAGUCUCACAGGGGAAUGACACCAGCACAAGCCGAUGCCCAGUUUCUAGAAAAUGCCAAGAAACUGUCCAUGUACGGGGUGGACCUGCACCACGCUAAGGAUUCUGAGGGUGUGGACAUCAUGCUCGGCGUGUGUGCCAACGGACUCCUGGUUUACAAAGACAGACUUCGAAUAAAUCGUUUCGCUUGGCCCAAAAUACUCAAGAUUUCAUACAAGAGGAACAACUUCUACAUUAAGAUCAGGCCAGGAGAGACGGAGCAAUUUGAGAGCACGGUGGGAUUCAAACUCCAGAAUCAUCGAUCUGCCAAAAGGCUGUGGAAAGUCUGUGUGGAGAAUCACAGUUUCUUCAGGUUAAACGCACCAGAACCUCCCACCAAGGCCCGCUUCUUGACUCUGGGCUCCAAGUUCCGUUACAGCGGGCGAACACAAGCCCAGACCCGCGUGGCCAGCUCCCUCAUAGACCGACCCGCACCCAACUUCGAACGCACCUCAUCCAAACGCAUCAGCCGCAGUUUGGACGGAGCACCAGUGAUCAGCAUAACUGAGGCCGGCACAGCUGAGAACGGACGCGAGUUCCACUCUGACUCUAAGAAGGUUAAGGAGGUGGACUUAAGCCCUGGCGAUGCAGAAGCCACGCCCACCCAGUCACUCGGAGCCAGUGAGCCUGCCCCCGCUCAGGACCAUGAUAAGACCCAAGAAGAGGUUCUGAAACACCAAGCUAGCAUUAGCCAGCUAAAACGCUCCUUUAUGGAGGCGCCACCUCCCUCUCCUCCUCAGCCCAACCAGUGGGAGAAACGUCUCACCUCCUCCCCCGCUACAACGAUACGUGUCCAACAGCAUCAAGUGAGCCUUGAAGAGGAGAUCGCUUCUGUUCUUUUCAGUAGACACUCUGGCACCGGCUUUUCUUUGGCUGCUGCGUCCGCCUGCAGUAUUCCUAAACCAACACUAGAUGAUGUUAUAACCACAUGCUCAUCUACUUCCACUGCUGUCUGCGGUCCUGCCACACUCUCUGCUGAGGUGAGUGAGCCCCAAACGGAAGCAGCCGCCGACGAUAACACGAUCUCUGAUACCAAAGAACCAACAAAGACAACCGAAGUUGAAAUUGAAGAAACCGUUGUCGUCCAAGAGGUUUCCAAAGCACCCACACCUGGACUUGUCACAGUUACAAUCAGCUCGCCUGCAGAGCAGGAAACAAAAGAACAGCAGGUGAAAGUUGCAGAGGAAGCAGUGGUAGCGGAGGAAGCAAAAGCGAUGAAGCAGCAGGAGAGUAUUUCAUCCGACAGCGAGAGCGAAGAAGAAGCAGAAUACCAUCCAAAUGUCUCCGUAUCCAUUUCUCACACACAAAUACCAGAGGAGAAGGAAGAGGAGGAAGAGCAGAGGAAGAAAGAGGAGGAGGAGAAGACAAUGGAGCCAGACAUGUCAGCUCCAGACGCUCCCUCCCCUUCAGUCCAAGUCAGCCAACCUGUAGAGCCAACCGACCAGCACGGAGAGGACAAUGCAGAGAAGAUGAAGAAUGCAGAGGAGGAGAAAGAAGGCGAGAGGGAGACGGAGGAAAGCACAGACGAUCCGAUGAUGACACCCGAUGAAGCUCCUAACGGUCUUGCCAUGCCCGAGGAGAGCGCGACCGAGAUGGUCGCCCCUGCAGAGGAAGAGGAAGAGCCUAAAAUGAACGGAGAGGCCUCUCUGGUGGAGGCAGAACCCCGGCCGCAGGUUAUUUGUUGCUCUGAGCCACCUGUGGUAAAGACAGAAAUGGUGACUAUAUCAGACACGUUUGCAGCCCAGAAAACUGAGAUAGCCACAAAAGAAGUGCCCAUCGUACAUACGGAAACCAAGACCAUCACAUACGAAGCCGCACAGUUGGACGGUAAUGGUGAUGGCGAGCCCGGAGUGUUGAUGACUGCUCAGACAAUCACCUCUGAAUCUCUGUGUACUACCACGACCACACACAUUACCAAGACGUUAAAGGGCGGCCUGUCAGAGACGAGGAUUGAGAAACGCAUCGUCAUUACUGGCGACUGUGACAUCGACCACGACGAGGCAUUGGCCCAGGCCAUUAAGGAGGCCAAAGAGCAACAUCCUGACAUGUCUGUUACCAGAGUGGUGGUUCAUAAAGAAACUGAACUGGAGGAGGAGGAUUGACUGAACUCAGAGCUGAAGGGCCCAUCGUGACUGUUUUCUCUGUUGACGUUGAACGACCUCCAUCACCCUACGACAACCAACCUUGACUGACUGAAGAGGAGGAGGAAGAAGAAGAAGAGCUAAAAAAAAAAAAAAAAAUUAAAAAGCGGGAGGAGAAGAGGAAGACGGAUGGAGAGAAGUUGCCAAUCAGUCGGUCUCUCUUAUGUGUCUGUGGUGCAUCUAAAAUCCCUCACUCCAAAACAAAGAAAAAUAAUAUCCUCACUCUUUCAGAGGGAGCAAAAAAAGAACCACUUUGUUAGCUUAACAUUUGUAGUGUGUUUUUAAUUUUUUUUAAUAGUGUUUUUUUUUUCUUUCUUUCUUUGUUUUACAAGAACAGAAGCUAGUGUGUCUGUCAUGUAUUGCAACUAAAAGCUGUAGGGAUGCACUGAUUUUCAAUCCUGAUGAGGUACCAGUAACACCCAAAGGUCAAAGCUAAAUUUGCUUACGUUAAAAAGUGAUACAUUUGACUGCAGUUUUGUACUUGGACUCAGCAGUGGAAACGUGUUAUUGGUGCAUUCCUUAAAAAAACAAAAAAAAGUAAAAGAAAGAAAUUUGUUAAUUUACAGCUCCCUCCUUUUUACUACAUUAUGGUGCAGAAAUGGUGGGUAACAUAAUAUAACACAUUGAUUUCAACAUUUUUACAACACGUGGCACUGCAGGAAACAGGGAGACACAACUCGUCACAGACGUCCGUCAUUAAAACACACUCACAGUCAGAUGACGGUAAAACCAGCGGUCACACAUUUUAUAACUAAUGAUUACAGAAAACAGGGAGCUGUAACUUAAAAUCAAUCAACCAGGUUUAUGUUUUUUUUUUAUAUAUAUAAAACUUAGUUAAUAUUCAUCCACAUUCCUCGUGUGUUUGACUAGCGGCUGAGUGAGUUCAUGUUCAGUUCAAUUCAAGACAUUACUCUUCAUAGGAGGUGCAAAUGGACAGUAUCUUAAUUGGGUCAGUGGUAUUAAUUAAGCUCAAAAAGGUGGAAUUCAUUCUUUGUGAUAUAUUUGUAAGUUUCACUGUAUUUUAGAGUUUUUACUAAACAGAUUUGAACUGAAGAUGAACUUACUUUAAAGUAUACGCCUUUGUGUACAAGAAAAAUGAAGGUUACUAGAUGGGAGCAGUGACGCUCUCCCUGGGCCCGCCCACUGUACGACACUAGCCAUUCCUAUUGGGCCACAGGGAAGCAAGGGAGUAGACUUCUGAUUGGGAGAAAGGACCAGUUAAAACUGAAAGAUAAUUGGGAGACAGGUGGCGCUGUGCAGUGCCAACUAACAACUUGGGAAUGAAAAAGAAUUUGAUGCAUGUUGGCCUUACUCUACAACAAAGGGCGAGUUUCGCUCGUGUUAUUUUGCAUCCUGCAGUGAGUUCAAGCUGUUUUUAAUAGUCUUAGGACUGCUAAUUCAAAAAGAGUUUUGUGCUACGACCAGCACAGGUACCAAAUGAGGACACAGCAGUCGGAAUAACUUGAAACCAGAAUUCAGAAUAAUAUUUCUACCAGUUUUCUAACUCUGCUUCAGAGCCUGCUUGUCGCCAUAGUUCAGCACUUAAUUUAACUCCCAGCUUCUUUUUGUCACCAGAAUAGACAAUGCUGACGAAACCUGUUAGAUAUAAUGAUAUCUCAGAUUACAUUCAGCAUGUCUUCACACACGCUUUUAUCUCUCAAGGAGUACCUUGAGCAAAUCUAGACAGAAGGCUACUGUGUUGAUUGGUGUGAGUGUAUGUGAUGACUCAUACAGUACGACCAGAUAAGAUUAUCUCUGACCCGACGCUGGCUGUGUUGUAACCGUUUCAUCAUCUUCAGCAUUAAUGUGCUUUUAUGUUUUUGUUUCGAUUUCAAGAUCACAUUCAGACACACUACAAACAGACACGGAAACAGUAACAGCAUUACAGUAAAAUUCAGCUUAAAGGGAAGUGUAUCCGAGGGUUUGAAGUGCUCUUGAAACCCAUCAAAUGGCACAAUGUUGUUACUCAUUUUCUGUGUCCUUUUUUCUACCCAAAAUGUUCAGCAGAAUUCCACAGAAAUAUCUUUUUUUUUUUUGUAUAUAUUGACAGCAUUAAAUGUGUUAGAACAAGGCACUUGGUCUAACGCAUUUAGAUGACAGAAAGACAAAAACGCAUCUUCCUGGAAAUUUAACUGAUUGUAAGCAAAGAAGUGCCACAGGUUAAUAUAAAAUCAGUCCACCUGUACCUGCCUAGAUUUGUCUGAACCCUCCAGUCUGACUGCAGUCAGCAGAACGAUAUAUCUUGUUUUGUUACGACACACACACUCCACGUUUCGAAAUAGCAUGUACAUCUUAAUUUAACCCCAGUUUAAGGCUGGUGAUGGAGUGGUGAUGACUGGUCUUCAGGCUUUCUAUUGGGAAACGUUGGUCUGACCUCUACUAUGCAUUUAAAUCACAUUCCAGACAAGGAGAAAGCUUUAACCUCUGACUCUCGAAGAGACAAAGCAGCAGAAAACAACAGUGCAACACUUAGGCAGCUUUGAAAGCUUUCGCUGUUCCAAACAAUAAAAAAAAACUUUAAUCAAAUCACAACUGCUAUAUUUGUAGAUUUUCUCAUGAUUUGUCGUCUUUUCUCUGUGAUCUAGUUGUUGAAAGGUGGGAUUUAUUGUGCAGCCUCUUGGAUAUUUUUAAUAUUGUCAGUGUUUUUUUGACAUUGAACGAACACCACUACAAAUCAGAUUUUCUGCCACCGUUUUUCUUUUUUUUUUUUUGUACUUUUAUUCCCAGGUUUAACCUCUUUUCCCGGGGUUCUGCUCUGGGCUCUGUUUUAACCAAUCCUAGGAGCUUUGGGGUGGACUGCGUGGUCUGGUUUUCCAAAAUGCUUCGUGAAGUUUAUUUGAAGUUACUUUAAAAAAGAAAAUGUGAUCACAAAUGAAUGUUGUCAUCAGUAACUUUUAUUAAGAUACAAGAAACAAACAAAAAAAAGGCAUACACAGACAUGGUAUCUCCAUAAUGUCACUUCAAACAACAGAUGAUGAUUCUACGCCAGCUGAUUUUCAAACUGUCAGGGAUCUCAACACGGAGGGCCUAUUUACUGCCAUUAGAUUAGAUCUGGAACAUCAAUUUCUGAUGAAAGUGUUUU